GCGCGCGCCGCGGCUGCGCAGUCGCGGGGAGGCUUUUAAUUCCAUUGUGGAGAGGACGGCGUUAUUUUUAUUAACCGGAGGCGACGGCGGCUGCGGCGGCGGCGGCGGAACCCCCAGGCCUCCUCCGGGGUAUGAAAGUCGGCAGCGGGUUCCUCAGCGGCGGCUCCGGCGGCGGCUCCGGUAGCAGCGGCGGCGGCGGCGGCCCCGGCUCGGGCGGCUCCGGCGGCGGCGGCGGGAGGAGAGCCGAGAUGGAGCCCGCCUUCCCUCCGGGCAUGGUGAUGUUCAACCACCGGCUGCCCCCGGUCACCAGCUUCACCCGGCCGGCGGGCGCGGCCGCCCCCCCUCCGCCGUGCGUGCUCUCCUCCUCCUCCUCGGCCUCCGCAGCCCCGGCCGCCGAGCCCCCCCCUCCGCCGGCCCCGGACAUGACUUUCAAGAAGGAGCCGGCGGCGUCCGCCGCGGCCUUCCCCGCGCCCCGGACCUCCUGGGGCUUCCUGCAGUCCCUGGUGAGCAUCAAGCAGGAGAAGCCCGCCGACCCCGAGGAGCAGCAGCAGCAGCAGCAGCCGCCGCAGCCGGCGCACCACCACCACCACCACCACCACCAUCACCACCAUCAGCACCACCACUACGCGGGGCUGUUCGCCGCCGGGGCCGAGGAGAGGUCCCCCGGCCUCGGGGGCGGGGAAGGGGGCGGCCACGGCGUCAUCCAGGACCUCAGCGUCCUCCACCAGCACGCCGCCCCGCCGCCGCCGCAGCCAGGCCCGCACCACCGCGACGUGUUGCUGAGCGGCGGUGGCGGCGGCGGCGGAGGAGGGGGGAGCCGGACCGACGACCCCGGCAGCGAGGAGCCAAAGCAGGACACCAAUGUCAAAAAGGCAAAGAGGCCAAAGCCAGAAUCUCAGGGAAUCAAAGCCAAGAGGAAGCCGAGCGCGUCUUCCAAACCUUCUUUGGUCGGAGAUGGAGAAGGUGCCAUCCUCUCCCCAAGUCAGAAACCUCAUAUCUGUGAUCACUGCAGUGCUGCUUUCCGGAGCUCCUACCACCUGCGGAGACACGUCCUCAUUCACACCGGAGAAAGGCCUUUCCAGUGCAGCCAGUGUAGCAUGGGCUUCAUCCAGAAAUACCUGCUACAGAGGCACGAGAAAAUCCACAGUAGGGAGAAGCCCUUUGGAUGUGACCAGUGCAGCAUGAAGUUUAUCCAGAAGUACCAUAUGGAGAGACACAAGAGGACACAUAGUGGAGAAAAGCCAUAUAAGUGUGACACUUGCCAACAGUAUUUUUCAAGGACUGAUCGAUUGUUGAAGCACAGGCGCACGUGUGGCGAAGCCAUAGCGAAAGGAGCCACCAGUGCAGAACCUGGGUCGUCAAACCACAACAGUAUGGGCAAUCUGGCUGUGUUGUCUCAGGGAAACACAAGUUCUUCAAGGAGAAAAUCCAAGUCCAAAAGCAUAGCUGUUGAAAACAAGGAGCAGAAGGCUGGCAAAGCGAACGAGUCGCAAAUUUCGAAUAGCAUAAACAUGCAGAGUUACUCGGUAGAAAUGCCUACUGUGUCUACCAGUGGCGGCCUCAUUGGCACUGGUCUAGAUGAACUGCAGAAAAGGGUGCCAAAAUUGAUCUUUAAGAAAGGAGGCAGGAAGAGUACAGAUAAAAGCUACCUUAAUUUUGUGUCACCGUUACCAGAUCUAGUGGGACAGAAGUCUUUGUCUGGGAAACCAAGCGGCUCACUUGGCAUAGUAGCAAAUAACAGUGUGGAGACCAUUAGUCUUCUCCAAAGUACAAGUGGCAAACAAGGUCAAAUAAGUAGUAAUUAUGAUGAUGCCAUGCAGUUUUCAAAGAAAAGAAGAUACUUACCAACUGCCAGCAGCAACAGUGCCUUCUCUAUCAACGUGGGACACAUGGUCUCUCAGCAGUCCGUCAUCCAGUCUGCAGGUGUCAGUGUUUUGGACAAUGAAGCGCCCUUGUCACUCAUUGACUCCUCAGCGCUCAAUGCCGAAAUUAAGGCUUGUCAGGACAAGUCUGGAAUUCCUGACGAGGUUUUACAGAGUAUUUUGGAUCAAUACUCCAACAAAUCCGAAUCCCAGAAAGAGGAUCCUUUUAGCAUAGCAGAGCCACGAGUGGAUUUACACGCCUCAGGAGAACACUCGGAAUUGGUUCAGGAAGAAAACUUGAGCCCAGGCACCCAAACCCCUUCAAAUGAGAAGCCAAGCUCGCUGCAAGAAUACUCCAAAUACCUCCAGCAGGCUUUUGAAAAAUCCACGAAUGCAAGUUUCGCUCUUGGACACGGUUUCCAGUUUGUCAGUUUGUCGUCACCUCUCCACAACCACGCUUUAUUUCCGGACAAACAGAUAUACACUACGUCUCCUUUGGAGUGUGGUUUCGGCCAAUCUGUUACCUCAGUGUUGCCAUCUUCAUUGCCAAAGCCUCCUUUUGGGAUGUUGUUUGGAUCUCAGCCAGGUCUUUAUUUAUCUGCAUUGGAUGCACAUCAGCAGUUGACCCCUUCCCAGGAGCUGGAUGAUCUGAUAGAUUCUCAGAAGAACCUAGAGACUUCAUCAGCCUUCCAGUCCACGUCUCAGAAAUUGACUAGCCAGAAGGAACAACAGAAAAACUUAGAGUCCUCAACAAGCUUUCAGAUUCCGUCUCAGGAGUUAGCUAGCCAGAUCGAUCCUCAGAAAGACAUAGAGCCUAGAACAACAUACCAGAUUGAGAACUUUGCACAAGCAUUUGGUUCUCAGUUUAAGUCGGGCAGCAGGGUGCCAAUGACCUUUAUCAGUAACUCUAAUGGAGAAGUGGACCAUAGAGUAAGGACUUCAGUGUCAGAUUUCUCAGGGUAUACUAAUAUGAUGUCUGAUGUAAGUGAGCCAUGUAGUACAAGAGUAAAGACACCCACCAGCCAGAGUUACAGGUAAGGUCUCGAAAGUGACCAGGCUGGGGGUCUUCUAAUAUAACUUUGUUUUAUUUUGAGAACACUGCCAUUGGAAUGUUUCUACACGAUCCUAUUAAGAAUAAUGUAAUGCCCUUUCAAUGCAACUUUUCAUAUUUAGUUUAUUUUGUUAGUGUGAUUUUAGCUCUGUUUGUAUUAUGAUUUUUUAAUCAAAAUCAAUAGAUUAAAAAUAGUUUGACAUCAAAGUGACAAUGUUUAGCAAUCAGAUUUACAUGUAUAGAUUGUCAGGGAAUAGCCCAAAAGUUUUAAAGGCAAAAAACGAAAAAAAACCACAAAACAAAAACUUCCCAAAAAAAGAAAAAAAAUGACACAAAAUACAAAAAAAGAAACUUUGUUGCUAGGAUUAAGGUUAUUCUAAUUGCUUUACUCUCAGGAAAGUGUAAUAACGCAUGGGAAAUCUGUACGUUAUCACUGUAAUGUACGUUAUCAUAAUGGAAUAUCCAAUUUACAGAUAGUAGGAUAUACAUUUCAUUUAAGUUAAGGGAUCUAAAACAUUUCAGAUUGCUCUUUCUGGGCUGGUAUAAUACACAUUUCAUCUUUUAAGUAAGGGAUCGAAAACAUUUCAAAUGCUAUCUCCAUCUGGGCUGAUCCAAAAUUCUGAGAUUGUUGGCUACCUAUGUUUUUUGUUGCAGCUUUUUAAGUGUACUCUGAACUUCCACACCACAUUCAUUCCAGCCUGGUAGAACAAAUAUUCUUGGAUCUUUGAUCAAAGCCUGGAAUGAUAGCUUUAAUAAAAGAAGAAAGAGGAAAACAACAAAGCACCCUCUCUAUCCCGAGUGUAAGAAGGCUGUAAUUCCAUUAAGCAGUUCUGUUUAUGUCUAGUAGUGUUAAAGCCCAAGUGGUUGUUGGUUGGUUCCAGUAUUAGAGCAUAAGUUGGAAUUACAAAAGUCAUUGGAAUUUGGGGUGUACGUUAUUAUAUGUGGCCUCAAAAACUUCUCUCGUCCAUGCAUAUAUGUGUGUGUAUGUGUGUGUGUGUGUGCAUACACAUAUACACACACAUAUAUAUAUGCCCUUCAUUUCUGGUUUUUUUUUGGGGGGGGGUACCUGUUCUUAACCCAUCCUCUUAAGAAUUCUGGACCUUCUUGUUCCUUGUCCCUGCCUUGAUGGCUUUUUAAGUUUAGAAUGACAUAUUCCAGUAGGUAAUUGAUUAUGCAUUUUAUGUGUCUUAUGGCAUCCAAAUAAAUAUCCCUAACCCCACCUUUUUGUUUUGUUUUAAAGCCCCAUACAGGUUUCUGUGUGUAAGAAGAAUGCCACAUACUCGAGCUGUAGAUAGUAAUAGGAUUAUAAUUCAGCCUGGUGACUUAGCUCCUGAGAGGGACAAGAGUGCCAUCAGCACCUCUUUUUGGAAUUACAGCCUUGCAUGUACAUUUCCAAAGGGUGUGUUAGUCAGUAUUGUACAGGGGGUUUGUGAAGUCAUCAGAACUUGCUAUGAACGCUAAUUGCCACUUGAAGCUACUGAUAAGCAGUGGCUCUGCUCUAAACCACUUUUUAGCAAUUGUAUUUUUUUUCCUGACUAUAUUUUUUAAUGUACUUUGAUGUUUAUGCUGAUGAGUUUUUUAUGUACUUUUGGUGAUGUUUCAAUGUACUCUUCUGACGUCAGAAAAGUACCACUGGUUGUUUGCAGUCUUAUUGUGUAAUCAGCCUACCACAGGCUUCCAUGUAUAAUAAAGUAAUUAAUAUUGUGCAAGUGUAAAACACUUCUGUUAUAAAAGCAGUGUUUGAAAAAUAAGAAAUACUUAAAAUGGUUACAAAAUACUAGUUAAUUUCCUCCCUCCUCUCCCCCUCCCCCCUCCCCAUUUAGCUUUAGCAGCUAAGGGUACCAACUUGUCAUUGAAAUUGAUUCUUAGAAAAAUGUGUUUAAUACUUUUAAAUUCACACAGUACUAAAACGUCUGUAUUCUUCUUUAGUGUGGUGAGUUCUGUUGGGUACAGAGUGCAGGCCGUGGCCAGAGGAUGGAGAGGACCUUCCUCCCGCUGUAUCUCUUAAGCUGUAUGAUUUUUCUACAGUUCUUUUUAUUUUUUGUUUUAUACAGGUUUUGAAUUUCUUUUUAACUUUUAUUGUGUGUACUGAAUACUGCAUAUGUAUUAUUCUGAUUGUUUGCUCUAGUUUACUACCAAUAAAAGUCCUGUUAAUCACAAAAUCGAAGAAAGGAGAUAUCACUUAAUCAGUCACAUUUUUUUUCCAGUUUUCUGUGGACUUCCAUUUCAUAAAAUAAGUUAAUGACAUAACCUGCAGUUUAGGAACUUUCCUUUUUAUCGUACUUCUGAAGUAUGUUUCCAGGCUUAUUUGAAAGUGGGUUGAAUAUUUUGUUAGAGGUGGACACUCUGAAGAAUAGAAAUUAAUGGUAAACUAGAACAGGUUUUAUUGAAAUUGAUUUAGCCAUCCUAAAUAUUACCCCAAAGAGGUCCUUUAUUGAGGUUUCAUUUUAAAUCAGAUUCCAGGGUUUUUGUUCUUUUGUUGUUCUCUUGCUUCAAAAAGAUUAUAAUAAAAUGACAGUGUGAUAGAUUUAAAUAGUUUUAAGUAUUUUCAAUAAGGAAAAAAUAUUAAGUCAUAGUUAACAUGUUUUAAGAAGUUGAGGGUAUACGUACAUAUUAGAGGGAACUAAACCAUGUAGAUGUUGAAGAUGCCGAGAAAAAGUGGAAGUAAAUUAUGCAGACUUUUCAGGGUGAAAAAGUUGUUACAGAUACCUGGGAUUAUGAGAGAAUUGUGCUUUGAAAUUUAGUGGUUACAAGUGUUGGGACUAAGGAGUAAGGGUAUGGACAGUAGAAGAGGUUUUUGAGACUUCUCCUUCAGUGUAUGGUAGUGUGGUGGGAAAAUGAUGGGUGGUUUAUAUUAAGUACAGGUGUGGGCCCAUGUGACUUGGGGUAAUAGGCAUUAAUAUUCCCCAGAUUUGGAUACACUCUUGAAUCUUAAGUGCUAAGCAGAAGCUUUACCCAUAGAUUUUACAUUGAAAUGCAGGCCUUGAUUUCACUGUAUGGUGGCUUUAUUCCUCUGUUUAAUGUAGGCAAUUUAAAAAUAAUUUUUUAUUAGCCUACCUAUCUGCCUUUAUUUUUCUUUGGUGGAAUAUCUGCAUCUCAAUUGGAUAAUUUUUAAAA